AUGGACAAUAGCAGCAAUAUUGGAGUAUUAACUCGUUUCUCAAGAAUUAGACGCAAACCACAACAACCCUUAAGUGAUUUAGCACAGUUAUACAGUCGAGUCGCUAAUGAAACGAUAUUUUACAUCAGUCUAGAAGAAAAGGGUGAUCUUAAGAGAGCUUUACAGGGCUGGAAAGCUUUAAAUACCAGUGUACUAUAUGACUUUACCCAAAUUGACAAGAAUUAUGGACACUCUCACAGCUAUACAGAUGAAGAACUUAGUUUGCAGAGUGGCAUAAUGGAAUUAUAUCACAAAUCGCUUGAACAUACGGAGCGAAUUAAGAAGCGGCUUGAACAGCAGGAUGGCAAUGGUUACCUUCCUUCGCUGUCCUUAACAAAUGUUAAGGCAAUGUCAUCAAGUCCAAUGUCAUCAAAAUUUUCAUCGAAGUAUACGGGGUACUCCAAUAUUUCCAGUCCCAGGAGGCAUUUUUCUAACGCUGGUGGGAGCAGGUCAGGGCCGAUGUUGAAAACUUUGAGGGAUCCCAAAUUCUCGACACAGAAUAACUCUUUUACACAAAGUGUACCUCCUUCCAAGACCACAUCCGAUAUAGUAACAAAGCCGAGAACUCGCCCGGCUCCAGCUCCGGCUCCAGCUCCGGCUCCGGCUCCAGCUAAGAAGAUCAGUGCAUUUGAAGGUUUUGAUGAGGAGAUUAAUUUAAUUGAUUUGUCUGAUGCGGAGGAAUCAGAUGAACGUGAUACGGAUGCGAAUGACCAAUUGCCUGGCGCAAGCUCUGUAGGUGAUUCACAAUCUGCAAAAGAAGUGACAGAUGACUACUUCAGUACAGAGGACUAUUUAAAUCAUUACCUUGACGAGUUUGAUAUGGAUAAGGAAGUUACUAAUGAUGUUGGCAAAUUAAAACUAGAAUACUCUUCAGAGAAGCCCAUAGCAGCUGCUGCAAAUAGCAAACCUCCUGUACCUAAGUCUAGGAUCCCGAGAACCAUCAGUCCAAAACUGCAGCCGCCAAAAUCGCCUCCACCAAACACAUUACCUCCUAGCACACCUCAUCAAAAGAAAACUUCAUCCCCAUCUGGCGUAUUGAGACCAUCUUCCUCUUCUUCUACUCUGGCCCAAAAUCUCGCUACUAGUUCCGCAGCUGCAGCUGCUAAUAAAAGCUCACCCAUCAGGAGAACAAAUGGUGCAAAUAUUCAAGGUAAGAAAAUUACUUCGGGUUCAAAUCCACUGGCUGGACAAAAUGCUCGUACACAAAAAAUUAGAACUCGGCCAUUACAUAUCUCCAGUCCAAGAAGAUCACCUAUAUUAAACUCAGCUAAUGGGACCCCUGGCUCUAAAGUUAGCCAACGGAAAAUGGGGACUGUGUCCAACUGCAAUACACCUACUCGUUCUCCAACUACUACCUAUAAUACAACCAAAUCUCCUGAAGCUACUCAAGAGGAACUCAGGAAACAACUUGAAAAUGAAAUAACAGAAUCUCUUAGAGGUGUAGAUAAACAGGCAGUGAGCCAAAUUUUUUCAGAAAUCGUGGUACAUGGGGAUGAGGUGCAUUGGGAUGAUAUUGCCGGCUUAGAGAGCGCAAAGAACUCCCUAAAGGAAGCGGUUGUGUAUCCAUUUUUAAGGCCUGAUUUAUUCAGAGGUUUGAGAGAACCAGUAAGAGGCAUGUUAUUAUUUGGCCCACCGGGUACAGGUAAGACUAUGUUGGCAAGGGCGGUAGCUACCGAAUCUCAUUCAACAUUUUUCAGCAUAAGUGCAUCAAGUUUGACCUCAAAGUUUCUUGGUGAAAGUGAAAAACUAGUGCGUGCUUUAUUCGUCGUUGCAAAAAAGCUUAGCCCAUCAAUUAUAUUUGUUGAUGAAAUAGACUCUAUUCUUGGUACAAGGAGCAACGACAAUGAACACGAGGCAUCUAGGCGUAUUAAAAAUGAAUUUUUUGUCCAAUGGUCUAGUCUUUCUAAUUCCACAGCAGGCACCGAGGUGACGGAAGACGACGAAAGGGUUCUAGUGUUGGCGGCAACAAACCUACCAUGGUCUAUCGACGAAGCCGCCAGAAGGCGUUUCGUUAAGCGUCAAUAUAUCCCAUUGCCUGAGGGAGAAACACGUAAGCUUCAAAUCCUUCGUUUGUUAUCUAAUCAAAAGCAUACCAUUUCAGAGGAAGGAUUUGCGGAAUUGAUCCGUUUGACGGAAGGCUAUAGCGGCAGUGAUAUUACAUCAUUAGCAAAGGAUGCCGCUAUGGGACCUCUAAGAGAACUUGGUGACAAUUUACUACUUACAUCAACUGAAGAAAUUCGCCCAAUCAAUUUAGAAGACUUCAAAAAUAGUUUGAAUUACAUUAAGCCUUCGGUGUCACCAGAAGGCUUGAUGGAAUAUGAAAAUUGGGCUGAAAAAUUUGGCUCCAGCGGUGUUUAA